AUGGAGAAAAAGGCAGAGAGAAUGGAGAAAAAGGCAGAGAGAAUGGAGAAAAAGGCAGAGAGAGUGGAGACAAAGGCAGAGAAUGGAGAAAAAGGCAGAGAGAAUGGAGAAAAAGGCAGAGAAUGGAGAAAAAUGCAGAGAGAAUGGAGACAAAGGCAGAGAGUGGAGAAAAGGCAGAGAAUGGAGAAAAAUGCAGAGAGAAUGGAGACAAAGGCAGAGAGUGGAGAAAAAGGCAGAGAGAAUGGAGACAAAGGCAGAGAGAAUGGAGACAAAGGCAGAGAGAAUGGAGAAAAAGGCAGAGAGAAUGGAGAAAAAGGCAGAGAGAGUGGAGAAAAAGGCAGAGAGAAUGGAGAAAAUUACAGAGAGGUUGAGAUAUGCUAA